GUCCGAAUUUCAUGGAUGGAAACAUACUCAACAUACUCAUUAUAAACACAUCAUAUCAUCAUGGCUGAACACGUCAAUCAUCGUAUACCGUCAAUCCCACCCCCUGUUUACUCUCUCCCGAUCGAGCCCAUCCCUAACCCUAACCCUAACCCGACCACCACCACCACCACCACCACCACUGAGCCUCCGCCGCAAUCAGAGAGCAAACAACCGCCAGAGAUCGGAGUUGUUGCACAGCCACCACCGAACGGGCCCGCAAGUGUCGUCCCAGUCUCUGGAAUCCCAAAGGUGACCCCUUUGAAUCGUCUUGGGGAGCUCCCGCAAUCGAUCGACUGCCCCUUCUGCAAGCAGAUGACCAAGACUAGGGUUCAGAAGACGGAUAGUGCUAAGACGAACAUCUGCGCGCUCCUCUGCUGCCUCAUCUGCAUCUGUCUAGCCUGUCUCCCACACCUAAUGGAGAUGGCCCAGGACAUCGAUCACUACUGCACCAAUUGCGGAGCCAGGGUGGCGCAUAAGCCGCACGGCGGUCCGAUCCAGGUCCAGCUGCCGCAGGAGGACGGGCUGAUUCCGUCCAAGUAUGCGGCUGUUGAGAAUCCGGAUAGGUAGUUGAGUGGAUGUAUGUAUGGUACGGAGUGUAUAGUGUUCUUGGGGAAAUAGGU